UGCUGAAAUGGUUUCAUUCAAUUUUCUUAUUUCGAGCGGUUCAGAUUAGUGGAAAACAGUCAGUUUAUAAAUACAGAUUGAUUAGACAUAAUAAACUGAGAUUGCUGAAAUUGCCCUACGUAGUUGUGAUCUGUAAUUCUACCAGCAAAAAAAGGAAAAGAAAAGAAAAAAGGAAACUGAUACGAGAUUCUGCUUCCAACGCGGUUUUACUGACAUUUUGUAAAAUUUUGUUUACUUACAUCAACUUGAAAUGUUUUUAUUAUUAAAGAAGUAAACAUAACACUCGAUUAAAAAAAAUAAGAAUUUUUCGUAAAAAGACAGAGUGUCAAACGAGCAGCAUUUAGUAACUUCACAUACGCCGAAGACUUAAAUGUUUUUUGGUAAGUUGUCAGAAAAAGGAGAGUGAUUGAACCUUGGAAUGAUCAGCUAACAUAAGACGAUUUUCAUUUAAAUCUGUAUGGAAAAUCUGCCAUAAUGAUGUUCUGAGGAGCACAAAAACGUGUGAAAGUGACUUAAAAAAACGAAUGUUUAAGUACUGAAAUUACGAAUACUGCUAAAACUUGCGUAUUCAUGAAUUUAACUUCGUAGAGUAUUCCUGUAAAAUCCAUAAGUGAUCUGCCUGAGUCACCCUGUUCUAUAAUAAUUUACGACAAAAAAGUAUCAAAAAUAAUGGGCACGAUAUUUUUCAAUGAAAUUAACAAUCGAUCCAAUCCACCGAACGAAUUUGAAUCGAAUACGAAAUGUAAUUCAAACGAGCAAGGUGAAAAAAAUUCAGAUAAAGAAAAAGAACCACAAACCAAAUCGACAUCACUUCAAAUACGACAGCGGAAAUGCAGAUGUGGAAUGGUUCCAUUAAUUGUGUCAGGCGUAAUUUUUCUCGCAAUGGGACUAUUAUCGGUCAAAUUCACAAUCACUGACAUGAUUUUAUCCGAGAGGCUCAAAAUGCAUCCAUGGGCGCCGGCCUACAAGUUAUGGUUAGAGCCGCAACCAGAAGUACGACUUAACGUCUACAUUUUCACCGUAGAAAAUGCGAAUGAGUUUUUGAAUGGAACAGAUUCGAAAAUCAAAAUGAAAGAAAUCGGGCCAAUUGCCUAUAGGGAGUAUCUACACCAUCAAGACGUUGUUCACCAUGACAACUCAACACUUUCAUACACGGCAUUCCGUCGGAUUGAAUUCCUACCUCAUGCCAACAUACCAGGAAUUUUAAACAAAACCAUUACUGUUCCCAAUUUUGCUGUUCUGGCUGCAGCGAGUUUCGUGAACGAAUACAACUAUUUUAUCCAGAUCGGAUACAAGUUUCUUCACAAAACUUACAGUGAUGGUCUUUUCAUUAAUAUUACUGUCUACGAUUAUUUAUGGAAUUACAAGAGUAAACUAAUUGAAAAGGCUGAAGAAUUGAUGCCAUCAAUGGUUCCCACUACAAACUGUGGUGUUUUGCAUGGAAUUUAUGCAUAUGGUCCGGAUCGAUAUAACGUAAAAAUUGGUACAAAAUAUGGUGAUUCUCAAUUUUUUCAAAUAAACACCGUUAACGGAGCCCCCACAGUACCAGGAUAUGACGUGGAAAAUGGCGAUUGCUAUGCGUCAGUUGAAAAUUCAACAGAAGGUGCCAUGUAUAGACAACGCAUCACUAAAGGGAGUGUGCUUACCUUUUGGAGAAAGGCUUUAUGUCGCACAGUAGAUUUGCACUUUGAGAAAGAGAUGCAGAAUCAUAACAUAUUGACUUACAAGUACACCCUUAGUCCGGACAUGUUUGACAGAAAGCCGAGUAACGAAACUGAUUGCUAUAAAGGAAAAUACGGAGAGCUACCGAACGGUCUGACCGAUGUAUCGAAAUGUUAUUUCAAUAUGCCAUUCGCUGCUUCACAACCACACUUUUAUGGAAGGUCAGAAGGGUUCGCAAAGAAAUUCGAAGGUCUGAGUGCAAAUGAAGAAAGCCACUCAUGCUUCACAAUUGUUGAACCGACAAUUGGUGCUCCUAUGAUUCAAGCCGCUCGGUCGCAGCUGAACCUAGUGAUACCGAAAUUUGGUUCAUUAUUCGAGAAGGACUAUCAACUAUUCAGCGAUAUGAUUCUACCAAUGUUUUGGCUUGAAUUUUCACAAAAAGAUUUAACUGCGGAAAUAAUUCAAAUGGUGGGUUUCGUCGCUAACGUUCUUCCAACUGUUGAGGUGGCACUGACCUGUUUCCUAUUUUUGGUUGGAUUUACUUUGACUCUAACUGCAUUUGUGAAAUUAUUUAAUGCGAAGUGGAAACAUUUAGCGAAAAAUAGAAAUAUAAACUUCCCGUUUGCACAGCGUGGAAUAAAACCUGACAGCAAUUGUGAUACUUUUAAAUGAUAUUAUUAUAAACAACAUUACGUAUACGUAAAUAAAGUAAUUUUGACGAACAAA